AUGACUUCGUUCAUACCAUGGUUCGGCGGCCGCCGUGAUCACCCUUUCUCAACCGAUAUAUGGGACCCUUUUAGCUUUGGAACCAGCUUGGGAUCACAACAAAGUGACCGUGGCGAUGAAACCUCUGCCCUCGCUAAUGCUCAGGUCGAUUGGCGUGAAACCGACACAGCACACGAGUUCCGUGUAGAUCUUCCUGGGGUGGGAAAAGAGAAUGUAAAGGUGCAGGUGGAAGACAGCAACAUUCUGCAGAUCAGCGGGGAGAGGGUGUUGGAGAAGGAGGACAAGAACGACAAGUGGCACCGCAUCGAGAGGCGGCGGGGAAGCUUUGUCAGGCGGUUCAGGCUGCCGGACAAUGUUAACCUGAAUGAGAUCACAUGCAAACUCGAGAAUGGAGUGUUGACAGUGCAAGUGCCUAAGAAGGAGCCGGAUCAGACUGCCAAGAAUGUUAGAUCCAUCGAUGUGGCGUAA